AUGAUCAAAUUUUCGGUGUCGAUUGGUGCCUUUACGUUAGCUGCAGUUUGGGAUGAGAAAAGUCGUCGAAAGUUUCACGAAGAAGCCGAGUUAAUUGUCCGAAAAUUUUACCAACAAGCACAACGAAUGGAGUCACCGAAUGAGGAGCGAGAGUUUGAGUUUUCGCCCGGUAUGAAGUGUGCGCUAUUUCUCGUCCUCGCCAAUUGCACGGUUACGGUUUUAUGGAAAAUUCCGCAACUAAGGGCGUUUAUGUGGCGAUAUUUUAGCAACAGUUAUGCUUCUCGAUCCUUAUGCUCGCCGAUGUUGCUCUCCGCAUUUUCACACUCAUCAUUGCUACAUCUUGGCAUCAAUAUGUACGUGUUAUGGACGUUUGCAAGUGUUUCAAUCGAUAAAUUCCUUGGUGUGCCUCAAUUUUGCGCUAUGUACGCAUCGGCGAGUGUGGUCUCCUCACUGACGUCCCUUAUGCACAAAUCCGCCAUCCGUUCACCGAUUAGGGCCCUUGGAGCAAGUGGAGCUAUUCUUGGAUUACUGGCUUAUACAUGUUGCAAGAUUCCCGAGGCACGUCUACAAAUCGUCUUCUUGCCAUUUUUCGACUUCUCGGCACAAUCAGCGAUUAUCGGAGUGAUUUUAUUUGACCUAGCGGGACUAUUGUUUGGUUUUAAAUUAUUCGAUCAUGCCGCUCAUUUGGGAGGUGCUCUUUUCGGCGUCGCUUAUGCACAAUAUGGAGAAAAAUUGUGGAAAAGAUACAGUACGACGAUUGGAAGAUGGCUAAAU